AUGGACGACAACAGGGGCCAGCGGAGGCAGAAUGAACCGCCCAUCUACUCCGCUUCCAGUUCGCGGCACAACCCAUCGCUCCAAGAGCAGCCGCAGCCACGGCGACCCUUCCCGGGCGCUCAGGGGGACAGGUUUCGACCGCCGCCCCUCAGCACAUCGCCGUCAGGGUCAUCGCGAGGGAUAGGCAGCUCGACCGGCUACGGUGGUUAUUAUCCAGAUACAUCGACGACAGGCUUCCCGACAGCGGCGAUACCUCAGGGUGGGAUGAGCUACCACCAGUCCACAACCGACUACGGGCAAGCGGAUUCGCGACCGAGCCAAAGUUUUGGCAGCACGUACACCCCGGGAAUGAUGUACAACGUGCAGCAAACGGGAGGGCCACAGGCCGCUGCCGUGUACGAUGCGGGCCAGCAGUUUUCAUCGCGGCAGGCUGCAGGACUGCCGAUGAUGGCGACGGAUGUCACGGGUGCCUACUUCCAAAACGAGCCAACCAACGCAGCAACCACGUCCAGCCUGCAAGCGCAGACGGGGUCUUCGAGCACGCCCCAGGUAUAUCAGCAGCCGGGCAUGCAUGGCUAUUCCACCGGUAGCAUAGCUACGAUUGGAGGGAUGGCUGCGCAAACGACUCCUGCUACCGACGUGAGGAUGAGCGCAGAGUACCCUCCUGGCACGGCAGCCGACGCCUCGUACAUCGAUUACCAAGCGGCGCUGAAGGGAAUUUUCCAGGAUAUUCAAAACGGCGUGCUCGCACCAGCUAGUGAUGCCCUCCUGCAGAUUUCCGACUGGCUCUUGACGCAUGUGGUGGAAUUGGGCCUCACUUCUGACAACCAGGAUCUGCACAGCGAGAGGGUCAAACUGUGGGACGAUUUCAACCAUGCCUGGCUGGCUAUGUUCCAGCGCCAGAAGGAGAUGAUGGAGUCGGGGCAGCAACUGCAGAAACCACAAUGCCUUGUCCCCCCGGAAGGCCUCCGGAAGAUGGGCAAGGAUCUCGUGAAGCAUUGUGAUAGCAUCGAGCGACACGGCCUCGUCGACUACCAAUUCGGAGUUUGGGAAGAGCGUAUCGUCGAGAUCUUGGAGGAGUGCCUAGAUCUCUAUGAGAAAGCCAACACAUCCGGAAGUGGCGGCGAGGGGAGCUCAAAUGAACGCCACCGCUAA